AUGUGGCAUUCAUUUUGACAUUAUCAGAGGUCAAAGCAGACCCUUCCCAAGUGCAUGCUUCAUGGGCAGGACAAACUGCAACGUGAACCCGACUUAAUGCAGAUCAAAUUCCGGUUAUUCAAAACUAUAAAGACCCCUAACCCACAAGUAAACAAACACUUGGUAUCAAUGCCACAAAUCACUCAUGAACUCCUGCGGUGAAGCGCAUACAAUCUGCCCGCAACAACACCACGGAUAAUCUUCAUUUCAGUCCAGACAGACUAUGUCCAGACCCUAAUACUGUAAUCGUCUGGUGUUUUUAGUGUUUGCGGUGCCCUUCCCAGUCAGCGAGGGAACGCUAGCGGGUCAUAUACACACGGCACGGGCCAGCGGCUGCGAGAAGGAUCCAGCGCAGUAAAGCCCAAACCACCAGCAGCGUCCGCAACUAAACAUAGCACAACCUCAGCUCAGACGAGCCCGCUCGCUCUCUCUCAGAUUAGCUGUGACGCUAAACACACAGCAGUGGGCUGAAAACUUGAGUCACACACUCACUCGCAUUCCUCCACACGAGGGCCCGACUUAAUUAUCACGGAGACAAUCAAGGCUGCUGUGUCUCCUCGGCUGUUUUCACAUUUGGCUUUUUUAAAAUUAUAAUAUUAAUGUAUAAAAAUAUAAAAGUUUAAGCUAGUGAAAAAACAGUGUUGGGUAUCGCCAUGUGCACUAGUGACGCGACGGGGCAAGUUUUCUGGGAAAGUAUGUGCAUGAAAGUGUGUGUGUGAUUUAUUUUUUUCCCAACCGGUGUGAAUCACACACACACACAAAAAAAAACAAUACUGUGAAAAACAAAUAGCAUGUGAUUUUCUUGAGUUACUUUGGCAUACAGUUGGAUAUAAAACCCCACAACCCACACUUUAUGUGUGUGUGUGUGUGUGUGUUGAGGCAUCGUCUAAUUUCAUAUGCAGCAUGUCUUGUGUGUGUGAGGCGGUAAUGUUGACUACUCAGUGAUGUCAGAAGCAGCCCUGAAGCUUGUAUAUAUAUAUAUAUUGAAUGUUCCUGUCCUUCACAAGCAGCAGAGGAGCUCAGCGAGUCCAAACUUGAGGCUCAGCAUCUCUCUCUCACCUGCCAUCAGGACAAACUCAAGACCAGUCUCAGGACAAUAAACCCAAAGAUUUUGAGCAGCAGAAGAAAUAUCCUUAUGGAUUGUUAAGGCAACUUUGUGGACUGCCAUCUGAAUCACUACACUUGGAAACUUUGAGGAGACUUGCGCUCUGUCUGACAGGACAGAAGAGACGGAGACACAGGCAUCAUUGUCCAGUGAGGAUGAGGACGUUGUGCUCUAGACGGGUUCUGCAGCAGUGGUUCUUUGCUCUCUUCUUACUGUGUUCUCCUGUUCCGCACCACGGCAGGCCCGUCGAUGCCCUCAGCAGCCGAAUGAGGCGUUCAGUGACUCACGCUCAGCUGAUGCAUGAUAAGGGCCGGACGCUGCAGGACAUGAAGAGGCGCAUGUGGCUGCAGGAGCUGCUGGAUGAAGUUCACACGGCCGAGAUCCGGGACGUCCCGCAGCCCAGAGGAGGCAUGGCCAGCAGCGGAGGGGGCGGCGGCCUCACGGUUGCCAUGCCGAUGGGAGUGGGUGUGUCCAUAGGAACGGGAACCGCCCACCCCAAACCCGCCGGAGGCACCAAGAACCUGCCGAUCAGCUUCCGUCUGGAGGACGAGGAGGGAACCAACCUCCCGCAGGAAACCAACAAGUCCCAAACCUACAAGGAGAGCACGCUGAAGGCCAUCGGCAAGAGGAAGAAGAAAGGCCGCGCGGGGAAGAGGAGGGAGGGGGAGAAGAGGAAGAGGAGGACUCGAUCGCUGCAGGAGUUCACCAGCGCUUUCCCCCUGGACCAGCACUAAAACACUGUCAGUCUUUGACAACGAUCCGUGAGGACAUUUGAAAUGUUCAUCUAAAAGAGAGAGGAAAAUAUUUAUUGUCUGUAAAUAUUCUCAAUGCACCUGAACAAUGACAAAGACAACUAACGAUACUGCUAAAGCAUUAUUACAGCUCCACGGAGCCACACAUUUGGAUCCUUGUGAAUACUUUGCUUUGUUUCUUUUUCGUCUUCCUUUUUAUUCAUUUUUUAGGACUAUGCCUCUAUUACGGUGUCAGAAUUCCUGUAAUUUAUUUUGUUUGAAUGGUGUAUUUAUUUUGUAAAAGGUAUCAAGGUGCUGCUGACCUUCUAUAUUUUUGUACCAUAAUGCACUUUAGAUAUAUAAAUAUAGAAAUAUAUACAAGUCAUUUUGUUAAUGGACGUAUUUUGUGGUUGAGUUGAAUGAAGAAGACUAUAGUCACGCUUGUGUUUGCCCACAUUCUGAUUCAAUGUGUGUUCAACAGCUUUGGCAUCCAUGUUUCUGUGACUCUGUUCCAAAACCUAGUGAGUUGCCUAACUAGACGGCAUCUGAAGGGAGCAUAGAUUCAUUCACAAUUCAUCAUUUUGGCCAAAGACGAGAGCAGCUUUGCUUGUGCCCUUCACAGAUUAUACAAUCACAGAAUGCAUUAUGAAAGGCUUGCUGAAAACAAUCAUCAACAUUCAGAAACAUAUUCAAGGCCUAAAAUUAAGAUUUGAAUUGCAUGCAAACUCAUGAAUUUGUGAUAUGCAUAUUUGUCAGUCAUACACAAAUGAAAAUCAUGGCAUCAUUUAUUAUUAAUUUUUGUAUUUAUUUGAUGCUGUUACAGACAUCUGACCUGUUUCAUUUAUGUAAGACUGACAAACAUGUAUCACAUUAAAUAGUUUAAUAGUUUAUUAAAAUUGUAUAUAUAUAGUAAGAUAUAGUAGGCUUAUGUAUUUUUUUAUUAAGAUGAUGGAUUAAAUACAAUGCUUGUUUCAUCCAUGGGAUUUAAAAAAAAAAGGUAAUUAUGAUUUUAAUAUCAUGAUUUUAAUCUCAAAAAAAUUAUCUUGCAAUUAGUUUUUUUUUAAAGA